AUGAGCUUAACGGUUAAGUCAGUUAGUGAAAGAAUUUCGGACUGGUGAAACGUGUAAACGGAAAGCAAUAACGGCAGAGUGAAAAAUAGCUCAAGAAGAAAAGUAAAAUAAAAUUAAAAAAUAAUGAGAAAAAUGAAAUAAAAUUUAAGUAGAAAAGCUUAAGAGAAUAAAAAGUUGAAAGUAGAAUAGCAAUAAUAGUAAGAAUAAUAAUAAUAGAAGAAGAAAGGCAAGCGUUUUGUGGCAGCCAAUAGAAAAUGAUAUGUAGUGAAGUGAGCGAGUCAGCGAGCGAGUGAGUUGUGGCAGCACGGAAGUGGUUGCGGCAGGCGAAGCAGGGAAGCAGUGGCAGCAACAGCAUUAUUGUACACACACCAAGUGGAAAGAAGUGAAAGAAAAAAGUUGAGAAAAUCUAAAACUCCACAAAAAACGGAGCAAAAGCGAAGUGUGUGGCAAGGAAUACGGGUCAAAAAGAAAUAAGAAAUAAAAAAUAAAUAAGAAAAAUAGAAGUACGAAAAAAGGAAGUUCUAAAAAAAGGAAAUACGAAAAAAAUCGCAGCGAAAAAAGUGUAAAAAAUUUACAGUUAAAGUGUGAAAAGUUGUGCCGCAGCGCUGAAUGCAAGCGUGUGGAGCGGCGAGCAGCGUAAUUGGGGCAGCAGCAGCAGCAGCAUUAACGGCAGCCAGAAAUUCGCGACACUAGUGGUGCCACAUAGAUGAUAUGUUAAACGCUAGUGACCAGCUACAGCGCCUAUGUCUACAAGAUGAACUACUGUUAACGGUAACAUACAAAUGCAGCAACAAUAUUUUAUUAUCACACGCAGGCGGCACAUUGAAACUGCAUAUCGCGACGGGAGCGUACAACAAUAACAACUGAAAGGUUUGCAAUAGAAGCAACAACAAUAAAAACAAAACAAAAAUCAAAUCACAUAUCCGCAUAAACAACAUUACAACAACACACAACACAAGCAAUAUACCGUAACAUCAUACUUAAGUAUAUAGUAACUGUAGUUAAAGUGACCUAAACUCGAAACUAUUUCGACUUAAGAUCACACGCACACAGACACACAGGCACACACACAUAAACACAAGUACAUACCAAGGCACACACGUAAAUAUAUACGGUUUUUAUGAGGCACCAACAGACACGCACCUAUCAAAGCUCCCAAAUGAAAUUCAUACCUAAAAAUAUGCACUACUCGCAUGCAGCUAUGAAUCUGAUAAAUAUGGAUUCGGAAAAUCGGGUCGUGCUGAAUGUGGGCGGCAUUCGGCACGAAACGUAUAAGGCUACAUUGAAGAAAAUACCCGCCACCAGAUUGUCGCGCCUCACCGAGGCGCUAGCCAACUAUGAUCCCAUAUUGAAUGAGUAUUUCUUCGAUCGGCAUCCGGGAGUCUUUGCUCAAGUGCUUAACUACUAUAGAACCGGCAAGCUGCAUUAUCCUACAGACGUUUGUGGGCCACUGUUCGAGGAGGAGCUCGAGUUCUGGGGCUUAGAUUCGAAUCAAGUCGAGCCAUGCUGUUGGAUGACAUACACGCAGCACAGAGACACACAAGAGACAUUAGCGGUAUUAGAUCGUCUGGAUUUAGAUACAGAAAAACCGUCCGAAGAGGAAUUGGCACGCAAAUUCGGUUUCGAAGAGGACUACUACAAGGGCACGCUGUCGUGGUGGCAAGAAAUGAAACCGCGCAUCUGGUCGCUCUUCGACGAGCCAUACAGUUCGAAUGCGGCCAAGACAAUCGGCGUAGUUUCGGUAUUCUUCAUUUGUGUAUCUAUAUUAUCAUUCUGCCUGAAAACACAUCCGGAUAUGCGUGUGCCAUACCUCGUUAAUACAUCGGUGAAUACAUCCAGCGGUAAUAUGGCUUGGUACAUCGAUAAACCACAAACAAAUGCACAUAUAGCUUUCUUUUAUAUCGAGUGUGUUUGUAAUGCCUGGUUCACGUUCGAAAUACUGGUUAGAUUCAUAUCCUCGCCAAAUAAAUGUGAAUUCAUAAAGUCAUCUGUUAACAUCAUAGAUUAUAUAGCAACGCUUAGUUUUUAUAUCGAUCUUGUGCUUCAACGGUUCGCCUCUCAUUUAGAGAACGCCGAUAUUUUAGAAUUCUUCUCAAUUAUACGUAUUAUGCGUCUAUUUAAAUUGACGCGUCAUUCGUCCGGCCUUAAAAUUCUGAUACAAACGUUUCGUGCAUCGGCAAAAGAGCUCACGCUGCUGGUGUUUUUCCUCGUAUUGGGCAUUGUGAUUUUCGCAAGCCUAGUUUACUAUGCGGAACGUAUACAACCGAAUCCGCAUAAUGAUUUUAAUAGUAUCCCGUUGGGUCUAUGGUGGGCACUGGUCACGAUGACCACCGUCGGUUAUGGUGAUAUGGUGCCGAAGACCUAUAUUGGCAUGUUUGUGGGCGCAUUGUGUGCGCUUGCCGGUGUGCUAACGAUCGCACUGCCCGUACCCGUCAUUGUGAGCAACUUUGCCAUGUACUACUCGCAUACGCAAGCACGAGCCAAACUGCCGAAGAAACGGAGAAGAGUGCUUCCUGUUGAACAGCCCCGUCCACCAAGGUUGCCAGGUCAAACGGGCGGCGUUAGCGGUUGCGGUACACCCGGUUCCGGUCCGCAUUCCGGACCAAUGGGAUCUGGCGGCACCGGUCCGCGGCGCAUGAAUAACAAAGCGAAGGAUUUGGUCAGUCCGAAGUCAGGUCCUAUCGGCGCCAGCAUUGUGGCGAUGAGUCCGCGUACUAUGUUGGUUUUGAAUCCGGCGUUGGCGAUGAGCAAACCGACUUUCGAAUCAAAAGGUCCACCAAUCACCAGCAAGGAUAUCAAGGAUACGGCAAACAUACGCAAUCCACUGGAUGGCGGUGGCAAGAAGAACUUUUUAUAGACGUAGUAUUUGUAUAAAAAGUAGUGAAGAAAUUAAUGAAAACAUAAAAAACACUAACAAAUAAUUGAAAAAUUAGUCAAUAAAAAUUAUUAUGAAAAAUUAUAUGCGAAAGUCAAGUGAACAUACGGAGCUGUUUGAGAGUAAGAAGCAACAAAAAAAACAAGGUAGUAGAAAGGGUAACAAAAAAGGUAGUAGAAAAGGGCGUAGAAAAAGAAGAAGAAAAGUUUGCAGAAAGCGAAAAAGUUGUGGCGAAGUUAGCAAAAAAAGUCGUAGAAAGUGUGUCAGAAAAAGGAGUAAAAAUGGUAGUAGUUUAGGAAAAAAGCGGCGAAGCGUGAAUUGUACCAAACCAAAAUGCAUUUUAACUAAUUGAAUAAUUAAUUUAUAUACUACUUAGCUAAAAAAAUAAAUAAUAAUGUAUGAAAAGAAUUGAAUUGAAACCCCCGCACACCGCGGGCUGCCUACUAGUUAUUUCUAGUAUACAUGCAUACAUACAUAUAUACAUUAAAUAGCAAAUUCUAAUAGCCUAAAUAUUCCUAACCAACUGCAUACAUACAUAUUUACCUACUACAAGCAUAACUUAUACUACUACAUACAUACUAUGGAUUUACCUAACAUAUUACCUACUACUUAACGCAUAUACCAAUAAAAAUACAUACCUGCAUACAUAUACUUAUAACCUAAAUGAAACCAAAAAUAACGCUUUUAUGCCAAACAAUUAUGAUUGAAAAGCAGAGUUAGAAAUUAUGCUAAACGCCGCUACUUUAUGAAAAAAGUAAAUAUAGGAAAAGUACUAAAAAUUUCAACGCUCAACUCAAAGCUACAACAAAAACGCAGUUUGAAGAAACCUAUGUUUAAUUGCAACGGUGUAUAAUUAUGAAAAUUCCAAGUAAUUAGAAACAGAAAAUGUUAAAUAUAAAUAUAUUUUGAAAGAAAUUGCGAUUUUUGAAAGCAAAAAACGAAACAGGGUGUCACAAAAGGAAAAUAAGGGUGUCGCGUAAAUUUUUUUUCAAGUCAGUGAUUUCUGUAUUAUUCUAAAUAAUUUUUAACUAAAUUUGUUGAUAAAAAUUGGUAGUAGAAAAAGGUAGCAGAAAAGGUAGUGAAAAAGGUAGUAGAAAAAAUUAGUACGAAAAGUUUGCGGAAAUGAAAUUUUUAGUUUUCUGAAACUAUUUUAAUGUUUGUGUAAAUUUUAGUUAUAUUUUUUUAUAUUUAUUUUAAAUACAUAUUUUAAGUUUUUGUUAAUAAUAAUUUUUUUUGUUUUAAUAUUAUACUUCCUAAAACCCAACUGACAUAUCAGCCGCCAAUUGUUUUAUAUAUGUAUCAAUAUAUUCUACAUAGCUUAAUCUAUAUUGUUUUAUCAGAAUUUGUUAUUUUUAGUUUCUUAAUAUAAACGGAAAAAAUUAGUUCCAAAAACUUUUUAUCUUGUUGUCCGCCAGUAUUCUAAAUCCCUAUUCUAAUACGAGUCUAAGUAAAUAUUACAUAUCCCCGCCUCCUGAUCUGUUUAAAAGUAUAUACGUACCUAAAUACAUAUAUCAAGUGGUAACCAAUCGAAUUGUAAACACUUUUUCUUUUAACUAAGUCUAAAUUAGUGUGCGACUUUUAGAAAAAAAAAUAAAAUGUUAGUGUUUUUUUAUGCAAGAACUAA